AUGUGGUAUAAUCAUGUGACGCACAUUCAAUUACUUAUACAAUCAGUUAAUGCCAUAACUAAUACGUACUCUCCUCAGACACAAGAAGCUCAUGAAAAAACACUUCAAAAUAUUGCUGUGGGAUUUGUUACUCAUGGAAGAUUUAUAGAUAAAACCAAAGCUUUACAUUCAUUUUUUUCAUCCUUAAAAAAUUCGAAUAAUAAUUUUCCUUCAAAUGAUAUAUCUUUCUAUUUCAUUGUAGGAUUUGAUACUAUAAUGCGCAUGUUUGAUUCUCAAUAUUAUUCAAAUUUACGUUCAGAACUUAGUCUAUUCUUUGAAUCAAGUAAUCUCAUUUGUGCUAAUCGUGAAGGAUAUGGUGGGAAAGAAGCCGAAGAUGCCUUUUUUGAUAGUGACAUUGUAAAAGAAAUUAUUGGAAAAGGAGGCGCGAUUGAAGGAGGAGGAAAAUUAAUAAGAAUAAAAUUGGAUAAUGAAAUUGCAAAGAUUUCAUCUACUAAGGUUAGAAAAAUU